AUGAAUGUAAAAAACGUCAAAGAUGAUGAGGUUGAUGCCUUUUGGAAAAACCAGCUAGCCGAAAUUUCAAAUAUGAGUGUGGAAGAUUUAAGAACCCAUAAUUUACCCAUUUCUAGAAUUAAAAAAAUUAUGAAGGAAGAUGAUGAAAUAAAAAGCAAUCAGAUGGUGUCAGCAGACACCCCUGUCUUAUUGGCCAAGGCUUGCGAGCUGUUCAUUAUGGAGUUAACUAAUUAUGCCUGGAAGUUCACAGAAGAGAGCAAACGAAGAACACUGCAAAGACAAGACGUGAUUUCAGCUGCUUGCAAAAGAGAUAUGUUUGAUUUUCUGAUAGACUUGAUACCCAUAGAGGAACGGAUAAAAUACAUUAACUUAAAUGUCAAGGGGAACUCCAAGAGGAACAACAACAGCAGCAGUAGCAGCGGUAACGGCAGUGGUGACUGUAGCCAGGGAGGCGGCAUCCAUGGCGGUGCCCAUCACGGAGGCCUUAACCACAGCAGCGUUAACCACAGCAGCGUUAAUCACAGCAUCGUUAACCACGGCAGCGUUAACCACAGCAGCGUUAACCACGGAAGUGACAACCACGGAAGUGACAACCACGGCAGCGACAACCACAGAGUCGAUUUCGACACCGUGAAGCAGUACUACAACCUGUAUUCGUCGGCCUGCAACGACAAGGGCGCCGUGAGCAUGCAGGCGCUCAAUGAGGAGCUUGCCGAGAUGGCGGAACUCGCGGAGAAGGAGUUGAAUGCGGCGAAUGCGGUGACGGUCGCGAGCCUGGCAGCAGAGAACGGGAUGGGCGCAAACGGGAGAAGCACAAACGGACCAACCGCCAACAUGGCAAACCUGCGGGACGCGGCGCACGAAUUCGCGGCCAAUUUAAAUGCCCUGUACAAUGGCAACGACCCAGAUAGCUCGUCGACGCCGCCACCCAACCACGCUGUCAACAUGGCACAGAACCUGUUCCUGAGUUUUAAUCAAAACGGCCAUUUGACAGAGGAGCACUCCAGCUCCAACAGCAACCAGGGAGGGUGCAUGCACAACGCGAAAGGCUACGAAGAGAAGCAUCGCAACAGUCUCAGUAGCAGUGGAAACCAGUGCACGCACGUAAGCGGAAUAACCAAGUACAACAGCAGAGGCAGUUGCAGUAGUAAUAACCAGGGCUCAACAAGUGAGCACUUCGGCAACAACAACGUGAAUGCAAGUCAUGUCAACUUCAAAUGCUAUUCAUCCGUUAAUGAUAAUAUGACUAGACAGUGUAAGCAAGAGUAUGUAAAGAACAUGCUCAAUGAAUCUGGUAGUCUCUACAACGAGUUGCACCAAAAUAUACCCACCAGCAGAACAGUAAACAUUCCUAGUAAUCUGCAGAACAAGGACCUUGUCAAUGGAAACAUCCCCUCCUACCAGAAACUGCAGGAGCUGAAAAAUAGAUUUGGUUACGCCAUGCAGACAGUGAAUGUUCCCAAUAUGGCCAACGUCUCUAACGUUUCAAAUUUGUCAAUUUUGUCAAACGUUUCUAACCUGUCUAAUCUAUCUAACCUGUCUAACGUGUCUAACGUAUCGAAUGAUAAUGGCUAUAUUGGUGGCAGUGAGUGCAAUGGGAAUAUCCAUUUGAACCCUAAUUUGAACCUCACUUCGCUAUCAUCUUCGUACAAUGGAAUGCCGUCGGCGCAGCAUGCGCUGGCUCAGUACAACAUGGUGAGCAGCGACGAUGUGAGGAAGCCAAAGGGGGGCUCGCACAGCCAGGCGGUGCAGGGGCAGCACUCGAGGGAAGUACACCCACAGGAUGUAAACAUGCGAGACGCACCCCCUCAGGAGGUACACCUACAGGAGGUGCACCCCAGCGGAGGGAACACCAACUACCAACGACUCCAAACCGGCAAGAGCGAUGACAAAUCAAGUGACGACCUGAACCCCCAGCAAAGUUACGUCUACAAUUACCACAACCCGGGAUAUAACCAAAAGGGCCCCAACGUAGUCAGCAGCCAUAUCCUCAAUGGUAACCUCAUGAACAACAUGCAAAACGUAAGUUUAAACGAUUCGUCCGUGCCAAGGAACAACGCCCCCCCCUCCUGCUCUUCCUCCCUGGAUCAGAGAAAUGCUCAGAGCGGUGAAGUGCCCAAAAUGAUGGCAGCACAAAUGAUGGCUAACAGCCAAAUUAACCCCUUCUACAAAAAUAGCAACUCACAAAGUAAUCGCGGCAAGCAAGGCAACCUCCUCUUAAGCGAUGGGAACAACCUCCCACCCAGCCGAACAAAUGACAAGAUGAGUGUAAACAGCAUUCCCACGAAAUCAAAUGCGGAGAUAAAUAAGGACUUGAAAAGUAAAGACUUGAUAAAUAACUAUUUCAAGCUGAAUAAUAAUGGCAUUACUGCCACGAGCACCACUACGUCUACCGCCGCCACCACGACGGCUACCACCUCGGCCACCACAGCGGCUACCAAUAUCAGCGCUAUUCAGAACCGCAAAAACCAUGGGAAGCACAACGCACACAAGGGGAACAGCGCACUUGUGGGUGAUAACCGAAUAAGUGAUGGUCUGCUACAUGAAGGGCUACUCACCGAGGGAUUGCUCGGUGAGAGGCUGGUCAGUGAGGGGCUGCUCAGCGAGGGGGUACUCAGCGAUGGGCUGCUCAACGAUGGGCUGCUCAACGAUGGGCUGCUCAACGAUGGGUUAUUGAACGAUGAUCUGCUCAACGAUGAUCUGCUCAACGAAGACCUCCUCAGUGAAGACCUGCUCAAUGAAGACCUGCUCAACGAUGGGUUUUUUAAUAGCGGCCGCCUGAAGAACAGCAUGUUUGACAGCCUCCAGUUUGACAGUUCCCAGCUUGAUAGUGGCCAGUUUGACAGCGCCCAGUUUGAUAGCGGCGAGUUUGACAGCGCCCCGUACGACAGCGGUCAGCUUGGUAGCGGCCAAUUGGGUAGCCAACUAAUGAACAGCCAGAUAGUUAAAAGUCACCUGGGCAAAAACCACCUUACCAAAAACCACCUUCCCAAGAAUCACCCCCCUAAAAAUCAACCCCCCAAAAAUCAUCCCCCCAAAAUUCAGCUCCCCAAAAGUCAUCUCCCCCCAAGCCGACUUCCGAACAACCAAUUAGCUAACCACCACAGUGGCUCGCGAAACAGCUACAUAAGUGACCACCUAAAUAGCCAGAUGAGCGAUCAGAUGAGCGACCACAUGAGCGACCUUAUGGCCGACCGAUUGACCGAUCGCUUGACAGACCGUUUGACUGACCGUUUGACUGACCGCUUAACCGACCGCCUGACCGACCGCAUGACCAGCCGAAUGGCCGACCAAUUCAGUGGCCAGCUGAACAUCCAACCAAGCAGCCACAUUAGUGCGCCCAUGAACAAACAGAUAAACGCCAGAAUGGCCGAAAACGCCCUGAACGAAAUUUUAAACACCUCAGAAAAUACGGCGGCAAAAAAUACAGCCAUAAAUAUGAUUAACCAAAAUAUAGACAACAACAGCGUUGCACAUAACCAUCUAAGCAACAUCAUGCCAAACAUGAAGUCCACUGCUCAACAAAAUGUGAAGCCAAACGUGCACUCCAAAAUGUACCUGAACCUGAACCCUAAUGCGCAGGGUGUUCCUUACCAACCGACUCAACAAUACUCUGCCCAAGAAAAUAAUUACGUUUGUAAUUAUAACCCGCAGCAAUAUCACAGCAACAAGGUGAAGGAAAAAACGCACUCCUUUUUGUGA